AUGAAACUCUCAGUUGGUGGACCCGAGAUACUUUCAAAAGAGGCAAUAAAAUCCCUAGGUGUAAUGAUCGACACGAGAUUGAGCUUUAAGCAACAUCUAGCAGCAGUUAAUAACAAAGCAGCGGCGGUAAUGGGCGCUCUCACAAAAAUACUACCGAAUAUAGGUGGUCCACAAGGGGAAAGAAGGAAACUAUUAUCAACAGUCGUGGACUCAAUCAUACUCUACGCGGCACCGGUAUGGGCAGAAGCAAAGAACAUUCACAUGCGUGAAGUGCCGGAAAAUAGCCAGUUGAUAUUCACGCAAGAGAGCUUCGCCGCCUCUAUAGCGAGUAAGGAGCUAAACCAACGGCAACAGAAAAAGCCAUCGAACGAGAGCGAUCUAUGUAUGGGUGGCAAAGAAGAUGGGAAGAGUCACUUAAAGGGCGCUGGACGUACAAAUACUCACCGGUCAUGGCUGCUUUAUGGAAUAUCUCCACCGCUUUCAGCUGGCAGAAAGCCCAUUCUGCCCGAAAGCGCGGAACACGUGGCAUUUCAUUGUGAUCGCUUCGCACGAGCACGUGCAAUACUUGAAAGGGUUUUGGGACACUCAGCUAGUCCUAAUGGCAUCGUACAGGACAUGUGCUCAUCCAGUGCUAAAUGGGUGGCGAUUCGAGCGUUUGCUGGAAAAAUUAUGCUACGACUCCAAUUCAUCGAAUGGGAGCGCAAGACCCAGCAACAGCAGCUACAGUUGCAAUUUUGA